AAUAUCGUACAAUGUUGUAUCGUAACAAACGUUGAACGUUUGCCAGUCAAUAUUCUCAAAGGCUCUUGGGUAUUUGAAAAAAUUAUAACAUGGAGAAUACGGACCAAAAAUCAGUAUUAAGAAUUGAAACUUGGCCGCAAUGGAUAGCUGCUAUUGGAGUUCUAAUUUUGAUGAUUCAUAUGGGAUGCAUUGACGUUUGGUCUUCCCCAUACAUCGAACCAUUAACAUCUCUAGGAUCCCCGUUCUUGAUCACAUUGGAAGAGAUGUCCUGGGUAAUAUCGCUUAUGAAUUUUGGAAGACCGUUGGGUGCGAUCAGUGGCGCGAUAAUUACUAACUAUUGGGGCAGUAAAACGGGAGUUCUGAUUUCGUGCGUGCCUAUAACACUGUGCUGGCUGUUCAUUAUUUUAGCCGACAACGUUAACUGGCUAUACGUCGCAAGAUUCUCGGGUGGGAUCUCUGUAGGAAUGAUCUACGCUUGUUAUUCCCUAUACGUGGCAGAAAUAGCAGAGCCCAGUAACCGUGGUAUGCUGCUCGCGAUGUGCAUGAUUGGAGUACCAUGUGGAAACAUCCUAAUAACCAGUCUGGGGGCGUACUUGUCCAUGAAGGAUUCAACGGCAAUAUUGUUGAUAUUCGGUUUCGCGAUAAUAGCGCUUUUCAUGUGGUUACCGGAAUCUCCUCAUCACUACGUGAAGUAUAAUGAAGAUGGUAAAGCGAGGUCGUCGAUUCAUUGGUAUCAUAGAAACUACGACGUGGAGUUAGAAUUAAUGAAGCUGCACAAGUUCAUCGAGGAUCACAGUGAAAAAUCGAUCAAAGAUACUCUGAGACAAAUGAAAACUAAACAAUUUCGCAAAUCAUCCAUCAUGAUUGUAAUUCUUAUCAUGCUGAGCCAGCUGUGUGGCGUUGGCCCAGUCGCGUUUUACAUGGAGAUGAUUUUGACGUCCGCGAAAGUCAGCGUGAUAGAGCCCUCGAAAAUAGUAAUGCUUGUGAUGGCGAUCGGUUUGUCUGGAUCCAUUCUAUCUGUGUUCCUGAUGGACAAGUACGGAAGAAAAAUUUUAAUGAUAGUAUCCGCUCUCGGAGUUAUGAUCGCUUUUACUCUAUUGUCACUCAAUUUCUGGUUAUUAAGUUAUGGCUUCGAUCCGAAGACGGUGGAAAGUCUGUCGAUUGUCGGAAUGAUCUUGUACAACACGGCAAUCUAUGUGGGCUUAGUACCUAUUCCACCUUUGAUAGCUGGCGAGAUAUUUCCCCCUCAUUUAAAGUGCAUCGCCUUGUGUAUGGUUAGCUGUUGCGCUGGCCUUAUUUCCUUUAUCGCGGCCAGUACUUACGUUCCUCUGCUUCAAAUAAUGCCCGAACACUAUUUGUUUCUGCUUUACGCUGUAAUGUUACUUGCAACUGUGCCUUAUACGAUAUUCUUUGUACCCGAAACGAAAGGCCUGUCACUGCAGGAGAUUCAGGAUCAGUUGAGUGGAAAGAAUAAAUCAUCAAAUGCUCCCAAGUCAAACACAACAUGGACCAAGGAGGAAUUGAACGUUAACAAUAUUUCAGGUCACGUGAUAUCUCUUGAUAGUGUCAAUACGAAAUAAAUUUUGUAUGCAAAUUUUGCGUCUCACUUGUAAUUUAGAAUCGUAGUAUAAUACGUAUCUUCUAAGGCAUGUUAAAUCAAUUGUGAUAAUAACGAUGAAAUACAAUAAAGAUAGUUUCAAUACAUUUCA